AAAGGACCGGGCGGGGCACCCCGAGCGCGUGGGUCUGCGGGUCGGGUCAAAGGGUCGAAGGUGCAGCAGGAUCCGGUAUCCGAGCAGGCCGGGAGCAGAAGAAGCAUGGCGUCGUCCGGGUCCGUGCAGCAGCCGCGGCUGCUGCUGCUGCUGUUGAUGCUGGCUGGUGCGGCGCAGGCCAACCUCUACUUCCGCUCGGGCCAGACCUGCUACCGGCCCCUUCGCGGGUUCCAGCUGGCUCAGCUAGGGCGCAGGACCUACCCUCGGCCACAUGAGUACCUGGCCCCAUCGGAUAUCCCUAAGAACUGGGACUGGCGAAAUGUGAAUGGUGUCAACUAUUGCAGCGUCACCAGGAACCAGCACAUCCCACAGUACUGUGGUUCCUGCUGGGCCCACGGCAGCACCAGUGCCAUGGCAGACCGCAUCAACAUUAAGAGGAAAGGUGCAUGGCCAUCCACCCUGCUCUCGGUGCAGAACGUCAUCGACUGCGGCAAUGCUGGCUCCUGUGAAGGGGGCAAUGACCUUCCCGUGUGGGAGUAUGCCCAUAAGCACGGCAUCCCUGACGAGACCUGCAACAACUACCAGGCCAAGGACCAAGACUGUGACAAGUUUAACCAGUGUGGGACCUGCACUGAAUUCAAAGAGUGCCACACCAUCCAGAAUUAUACCCUCUGGAGAGUGGGUGACUACGGCUCCCUGUCAGGCAGAGAGAAGAUGAUGGCAGAGAUCUACGCCAAUGGUCCCAUCAGCUGCGGGAUAAUGGCGACAGAGAGGAUGGCUAACUACACUGGAGGCAUCUAUGCUGAGCACCAGGACCAGGCCUUUAUCAACCACAUCGUCUCGGUAGCUGGAUGGGGUGUCAGCAGCGAUGGAAUAGAGUAUUGGAUUGUCCGCAAUUCAUGGGGUGAACCCUGGGGUGAGAGAGGCUGGAUGAGGAUCGUGACCAGCACCUACAAGGGAGGGGCCGGUGCCAGCUACAACCUAGCUAUUGAGGAGGCCUGCACAUUUGGGGACCCCAUUGUUUAGGUAGAUGUUCCUGGAAGCAACACUGUGGACCACGACAGGGAGGGGAUGAUUACCUACACUGGCCACUGGCCAGCUAGAGACAGUGCUGUGGGUGUGAGGACCAGAGAGUGUACUGCAGCAGCUAUCCUGGAGAUGGCAAAGGAUGAAGCACACCUGCGCGGAAGUUCUCUGCCUUUAGCCACCUGGAGAAGACAGCUGUGGGCUGGGACAGUUCACACUUCUCACCAGUUCUGAUGUCACCCUGGAAUCCAUGGGAGGGGGAACAAGGUCAGACUGCCUAUGGGAUGAGUAAAGUAUCUGGCUUCACCCAA